AUGGUGUUUGUCGACCUUGAGAAGGCUUACGACAAAGUCCUAAGAGAGGUGCUGUGGAGAUGUCUGGAAGCUAGAGGUGUUCCUGUGGCAUACAUUAGAGCGAUUAAGGAUAUGUAUGAUGGAUCCAAAACUCGGGUAAGGACGGUUGGAGGUGACUCGGAACACUUUCCAGUCACGAUAGGCUUGCACCAGGGGUCCGCGCUUAGUCCAUUUCUGUUUGUUGUGGAUAUGGACGCUCUGACAAGCCACAUUCAAGGAGAGGUACCGUGGUGCAUGUUGUUUGCAGAUGACAUUGUGCUUAUUGACGAGUCGCAGAGCGGUGUUAACGCGAGACUGGAGGUUUGGCGACAGACUCUGGAGUCGAAGGGUUUCAAGUUGAGCAGGACUAAGACAGAGUACUUAGAGUGCAAGUUCAGUAAUGGGAUUCAAGUAGAGGAUGAGGACGUGCAGCUGGAUACUCAGGUCAUCCCGAAGAAAGAGAGUUUCAAGUACCUGGGGUCGAUCAUCCAAGGGACUGGCGAGAUGGACGACGAUGUCACACAUCGUAUUGGAGCGGGAUGGAUGAAAUGGAAGCUUGCAUCGGGGGUGUUGUGUGAUACGAAGCGGAGAUGCGCUGAUGCGCCAGUGAGUAGGUGUGAGAGGAUGGUUGUGGUGGGCCUGAAAAGAGGGAGGGGUAGGCCAAAGAAGGCCUGGAGAGAGGAAAUUCGGCAGGACAUGGCGUUACUCCAGCUUACCGAGGACAUAACCGGUGAUAGGAGGGGUGGAGGUCCAGUAUCAGGGUAG